AUGAGCCCAAAUCAACUUCUAUUGAAAAUGAAAAGUGAUUUGAAAACAAUAGGAAAAACUCAACAAAGCUUGAACAGAUACGUUUUGAAGGCCGUGCUACAAGUUGAUGUAAGAGUCAUUGAAAGAGAGCCUCAAGAGAUUGAGACUGAGGAGCAUCCAACAGUCAAUGUCAACAACAUAUCUCAGAACGAGCAAGUUAAUAUUGCUGGUGUUAAUAAUAUCACUAUGAGUCAACUCGACUUAAAGUAUUCUUUAACAUCUUUCCACCUUGUUUGCAGAUCAACCGCAAUCAAUAUCUCAAACCAUGAAAGGACGCACUUCGUUGAGAAUAUUAUUCCAUCAUUAUUAGCACUGGGGAAAGCACUUGAUUUCAUUGAGUUCAAAUGGUGCGAGUCAGAAUUUACGUCUUCGAGAGUGCUGAAGCAAAAAGCAAACGAUUACGACCUUCGAUCAGCCCCUAGCAAAUAUAUUGAUGCCCUUGGUACAUUAACGACGCAAAAUAACAUGGAGCUUAUCAUUGUAGAGGCGUCCAGCGGUCAGCUCAAAGAAAAUACCACGCAUUCAAUUGAAGACACUCUAAAGAUAUUGGAAUGUGGUAUAUCAUCAUUAAGAAAAGAAGCAUCCCAUUACAAUGAUGCAUCCUUGUCGACGUUUAUGAAGCUAAAGGUUUUUGGCGUUCAUGUCAUUAAGUCGCAAGUAACACUAUCAGAAAUCUCCCUAGAUGAUUCAACACAUUGGAAAUGUAUUGAAUUAAGGACAGCGAAAUUGCCAACAGCUUGGAGUGAUAGAGUCGGUCUAGUACAAUAUAUGGAGCUUUUAGCCACACUUUAUGUAUGUAUUCUAGAAAUGUUAGAUUGCUUUGUGUGGAAUUCACCUAUUUUUAUUUGCUUUUAG